UCCAAACAAGUGCAAAGUGUCAGCUGUAUGUUGAAACAGUUUGCUGUUAAUUUUGAACAAUUAAUUUAUACAAGCGGAAGAAAACAAUUUUCGGCAGCAAUGCUUUACAGCGAGAGUUCGGCUUAUACUGAAGCUCUGAGGAAAAAUGCUUGGAAUCCAGCCACUGGUCCUACACCAGCUUACGACGCAGCAGCUUCGGUUACUGCGGGUUUUGCUGGGCAACUAGCUGCUAAAGCAUCUGAUCCGCAGUCACAAGUUCAAGAUCCAUACCAGCUAUUGAGUGCUGCAAGUAGUCGACUAGCUUCCCAAGGAAGCGGACAAAUCCAACUGUGGCAAUUCCUCCUGGAGCUACUUUCCGACAGCAGUAAUUCCAGCUGCAUCACGUGGGAAGGCACAAAUGGCGAAUUCAAAUUGACUGAUCCAGACGAAGUCGCCAGACGAUGGGGCGAGAGGAAGAGCAAACCAAAUAUGAAUUAUGACAAGCUCAGCAGAGCACUAAGAUACUACUACGACAAAAACAUCAUGACUAAAGUUCAUGGUAAACGCUACGCAUAUAAAUUCGAUUUUCAUGGACUUGCUCAAGCAUGCCAACCGGGAAAUAACGAUCCAACAGCAUACAAGUUCCAAUCAGAUUUCUUCCUGCCAACCUAUCACACGCCAAAAUUGAACUACUUAACACCAAGAACGAGUACCAUCCCAGCAACUUCGCAAGGACCGCUGUUCAGUCCUGCUAUGUCUGGAUCUUACUGGUCUGGCCCUUCCCCUGCUUGCAAUUUGUAUCCAAAUAUACCGGGACACACAUUAUCACACCACGCUCAUCGUACUAAUGGUCUUGGCACAUAUUAUUAACUAUAUAAUAUGGUGAAAAGACAAUUGAGGUGUAAUAAUUGUUAGGGAGGGGAGAGCAUCUCGAAUUGGUCUCCAGUUGAAAGGAGUGCCUCAGUCAUGUGACUAUAACCUGUUUUGUGGAAGGGAAUGAAGGUUCCUUUGAUGCAGAUGGCACGCUCUCUAAUCCAUUACAUCUAUGGAAAUGAGGAAG